CAGUUUGAGAAAGGAGAGGAAUCUGUUAGAGAAAACCGUCCAGAUGUGACAAAAAAUGACAAGAUGGAUUCCGUUGUCUUGUUCAGGGGCUGCUGCUGAGCAUCACUUUGUUUAUUAGGAUGGUUCUUGUCAGUCACAGGGAAAUUUGGAUAUGGAUAAUGUAGCUGGUGAUGAAUCUGAAAGCCUUUCCGAUGUUGAUGAUGUUGAGGUUGAUGGGUACCUUCACAAUGCGGAGGAGAAGCAUUAUAAAAAGAUCAUUUGGGAAGAAAUGAACAGGGAGUAUCUCGAGGAACAAGCAGCCAAGGAAGCAGCAGCUACUGCCGUUAAGGAAGCACAGGAGAGUGAUUUACAGAACUGUUCAGAAGACUUGCUCAAUGCACGGGAACUUGCUGCUGCGGCUGCUGCAUCUGUGGCAAAAUCAAGAAAGGAAAUGAAACAGAAACGAGCAGCAAAUGCCAAGAAUGGAACUCCAGCUCAAACUGCUGCGGGAGCCACCCGUGAAAUGCUAACUAAGAAGAGGUUAAGUUCAAAAAUCAACUAUGAAGUGCUGGAGAAGCUGUUUGAUGAUUCUACUGCUCCAGAGAACUCCAAGAAAAAACGUGUUGAAUCAGAUCCUGACAAUGAUGCCUAUGGGCAGCAAAUCAGCGAAGAAUCAGGUGAGAAAGAAGUUGAAUCAGAUGUGGUGGAUAACAAUGAUGAUUUCAGAGAGGAUGACUAUGAAGAAGGAGAUGGUGGAUUAGCUUAUGGUGAUGGCUUGUAUUAUGGAAAUGAAGAAGAUGGAUAUGGUUAUGAUGACGAUGAUGAUUAUUGAUGUGGAACUCAACUCCUUGUAUGUUUAU